UUUUGUGUAAGUCACGUUCUUGAUGCCCGAUCAAUUUCGUUUUUAAUUUCAGAUCUGAAAAAUAUUCUCAAUCAACAGUCAAAUGACAGCAUGGAUUUCCUUGUGGCUCCGGCAUCUACAACAGGGACGACAUCGGCAACCAUCGCACCAACAAGUGGAUCAGUGACAACAUUGUCCUUAAAUCUAAAUAAUAACAAUGGCCAUACCAAUGGCCCCCUGAAUGUGUUACAACCACCACCUUUGAUACCAGCACAGUCACAGCAGCAACAACAACAACAUCCCACAACAUCUACCCUUAUGGACUUUAAUCAGAACAGUAACCAAGCAAUGUUGCCACCAACUGCAAUCAAUGGACCACAGCCAGCCCCAACCAGACCUCUGGAAAAUCUUAUGAUUUUCGAUAAUUUCGAUGUUCAUGAGACGCAUCGCAUUGAGGAUGGAAUUUGUACCCAAUUGUCCAGGUUACCACCCAAAAAACAGGAAUUACUAAAACAGUUCGGUAUUCAAACAAAUCAGACUGUAACGUAUUAUGAAAAGUAUAUUCUCAUCGAAAAUUUCAACAGAUUUUGCAAUGAAUAUAAGGUGGCCGAUCAUAGACCCUUUUUGGAUUUAUCGGAGAGCGGUUUACCCAAGUCCGAACAACUUAAAUUCAUACGGUAUCUGGGACAGGGACUACCCAAUUUGACAUUAAACAAAAUUUACUUGGUUUUCAAGGACAUCCUAGGUUUAAGCAGAAUAGAAAAAAUGGCCAUAGAGGGCUAUAACUUAGAUGCAAUAUUAAAAAAGAAAAAGCGUAAUUUAUACAAUAGAAUGACAGCAGCAGCAGUGCACAAAGAAUGUAAUCCAGAUGCCAAUACACCCGCAUUACCAACAACAGCAACGGCAACCAUCGCGAAACCAUCAUCAGUUCCAGUGGUAGCAGCUAAUAUUAUGCCAGCACCGGCAUUAGCACCUGUCUAUCAACAGGAAUCGUAUAAAACUUAACGUUGGUGUUCAUUUUUGAAUAAUUGUUUUAAAUAUUUAAUAAUUGAAUAUCUAAUUGUUAUUUAAAUGAAUUCCUCCUCCUCCUUCCCCCAGUUUGAAGCAAACUUUCCGGAACUGGACCAGUAACUGUUGUGUCUUGAAAACGAUGAAGCAAAAGAAACAAAACAAAAUUAAUUUAUUAAUGUAUUUAGGCAGACGAAGAAAGUGAACAAAAAUAAUCUUAAAAAAUUAAGGACUUCAGAAUCAACAUUAAAGUUAUUGAAAAUAAGAAACUCCAAACUAAUCAAACAAAGUGCUAAAUUAAAAAUAAAAACUUUUUCAAAAAAAUGAAAUCAAAAUUAAAGGGAAUAUUAAAUCACUAUUGAAUAAAGAUCAAAUCGAAACAUUGAACAAAAUUAAAGAUUUAAAAAAUCUUAGCUAAUUGAGUAAUAUAUGAUUAUAUAAUGAAACACCACUUUAUGUUGUGCCAAACAAAAUUUCAUUCAGUUUAACAUUUUUUAAAGAAAAAAAUUAUACCAAAUACUCGUAUUGUGACUGAACAGAAAACAUUAGAACAGAAAACAGCUGAUUAAAAACUAGCUGACCAAGCUUUAAACUGACAAAAUUCUCAUAAUUAGGUCUGCCUGGGUGCCAUGGUAGAAGAAUAUAGGUAGUCGCAUCGACACAGCUGCUGGGACAAUGAACUGUCAAGUCAAUUUUGAAAUUGAAAAUGUUGAAUGAAAAAUUAUUUGAAUUUGUAAAAAUUGUUGAAAACGAGUAUUAUAAUAUCCUCCGAAUGACGUCGUAGAAGAAAACAUAUAAAAAUCUACUUAUAUUUGAAAACAAAUUUUAAAUCUUUUGACAUAUCAAUGCUCCCAAGCGUUGAUGCAUCUAUCUGUAUUUUUCUACCAUGCUGGGUGCCUAAAAAAUCUUAACAAUUGUUACUGGAAGUCCUCUGUUAACACUAAAGUGCAUCUAAAGAGAACCACUUGAGAGAGAAAUUCUUUUAUAGAGUUUGUAAAAUUUUGCUGGACCAUUGUCUGUUUGUAAACAUUUGCAAAUCUUCUCAUAGCGCAUUUAUACUAUUAAAGAUAAAACCACUGGGUUUAACAGAUUCAGUGGUUUAGAUACACCCUUAGCAGAGUAUAAAUAUCACUUAGCCGAUCUUUAUUUACAUUUAUAUACUUCUGUACAUCUACGAAAAAUUUGUGUAUCAAACCAGUAAGGAAAAGUCAAAAGUCGGCGGAGCCGACUAUAUGAUACCCUACACCACUAGGCAUAUUUAAUAGAGCUCCCAUAACAAAAGAAUUUAUUUGAAGUAGAUCAUACCACCUAUCAACAUUUGGCUUUAGAGCAGUUACAGUUUGAUUCGGAUGAAACAUAUAUGUAUAUGGGAGCUAUAGCUAUAUCUGAACCGAUUUUCACCAAAUUUCAUGUACUUGCUUCUAAACUGCAUUCGGUCGGAUGUGCCAAAAUUCAGGUCAUUUGGAUUGAUAUUGGACAUUUGGUGCACAAUUAACCCGAAAUCGGUUGAAGAUAUACAUGGGAGCUAUAUCCAAAUCUGAUCCGGUUAUCACCAAUUUCAAUAGGGUUUGUCUUUGGGCCAAACAAAUAUUGUUUGAAAAAUUGCAUCUCAAUCGGAUAAUAAAUGCGAUCUGCAUUUUGCAUUUUGUUCAAAAGAAUACAUGGUAAGACGGACGGAUUGACAUGCAUAAAUCGACUCCGAAAGUGAUUCCUUGAAGAUCCUCAAAAGUAACUAUGGGUCUAUCACGUUACCUUCUCCAUGUUAAAAACAAAUGUACAAAGACAUAAUACCCUUACCACUAUGUAGUGUAGGGUAUAAAAACCUAAUACAUAAAGUAGUAUAGAUUCCGUGCGGGAUUUAAAAUAAAUCCGGUCAAGAGGAGAUCUACUUUUGUUUGGUAAAUCUGGUUGAAUAAAUCCGGAUUAAACUGUUAUUUCUUUAAACUGGAUAAAAUUUCGUAUCUAAACCCACUAUAAGAAUUCCAAGACAAAGGGUAUGCAUGGUAGAAGAAUACAGGUAGUCGCAUCGACACAGCAGCUGGGACAAUGAACUGUCAAACAAAUUUUGCAAUUGAAAUUAUUGAAUGAAAAAUUAUUCAAAUUUGUAAAAAUUGUUGAAAAACGCAUAUUGUAAUAACCUCCGAUCGAUGUCUUAUAAGGAAACAUACAAAAAUCUACUUAUAUUUGAAAAAAUAUUUAACAUUUUUUGACAUAUCAAUGUUCCCAAGCGUUGAUGCAUCUACCUAUAUUCUUCUACCAUGGUAAUAUGAGAAACAAUAUCGACAGUCACAAAUCGGUAGACAGUUAAUGUUAUUUUUUUUUUAAUUAAACCAUAAUUUUGUAUCUCAAUUUUCAUCCGCAAAUGAUUUGACACACAUAGCACAAGACUUUCCUCUUCUACACUGAAUUAACCGAUGUGUAAGUAUUUGCAGGCAUUGUAUAAUGAUGUAAUCAAAAACAAAAACUUCUAGUUCCAAUUAAGCAUUGUUAUAAAUAAGAGAAAAGAAAAAACACCAUAACAUAGUAAAAACCAACAUUAAAAAUAAAAUACUCAAAAAUAAAAACUAAAAAAGUAGCUAUAAGAAAUACCUAUACAACCAAAUGAUUAACAUAAUAUUCCUAUAUACACACAGAACUCUAAAAUGACAAAAGAAAAAAGAAAAGAAAUUAUGAAAUAACUUUAUCUUUUUAGAUAUACAAUUAAAAAAAUUAUUAAAUAUAAAACAAAUAAGAAUUAUAUAUACAUACAUUAUGCCAUAUAAGAACUUCAAUGACAUGUCUUAAAGAAAAAAGGAGUAACCACAAUCAAGAAACGACAAAACUUCCAAAUGAUAUAUCGCAGUGUAUUCAGGAUGUGUGAAUGGUGGUCAUUCUAUGGAAAAGGAAAUUACAACUUUAGAUACACAACCUACUAGCAUAUAUACCUAUAUUAAAUCAAAUUAUAUAUACAUAAACAUACCGAACUUUAGGAACAACAAAUACAAAUCUAACCAAUAAUAGUACGUCAUAUUACUACUACCACUACAGAUACUACGCAUAUUAUAUUAUAUAUAAAUUCCGUAAAAAAAAUAUUCCUUAUCCACACAUACAUAUAUACAACCAACAUAUACAAACAUAUUUAAGUAAUUAUACGUAUUUAUUUGACAAGCCACAGAAACACUGCAACACCAUGCAACAGCAGAAACUAAA